CCACCUAAGCUGCAUAUGCAACCCUACAACACUCGCUCUCCUUAUUCUGAGAAGUAAAGAUCACGAUUGCCCUUUCUUUUCCUCGACGGCUUGUAGUGUUUGUUUCUAUGAAAUGAAAGCUCCUUCACAUUCAACAAUGCAGACACUGCCACACACUACUAGCUACGCGGCUUUGAACACACUUUUCGUUUCUGUUCUACUUCAAUUCAUUCUUGUACAUGGCGGUUCCUGCAGAUCCAACUCCUCUUUUUUCGAUUUUGAGAAAAGGCAGCUCCGUGAAGAUGCAAUCGCACGUUUCCCGGAAGACAUCCAACAACAUCUCCGCUUCGAUGACACGGCAGUUGGCUCAGAUCCCUUCCUUUCCAGUGGAACCUGCAAGACCUUUCCAGGAGAUGAAUCUUGGCCUUCUCCAGCGGUAUGGGAAAAGUUCAAUGCAACUGUUAACGGAGCUUUGAUUGCUAGCGUGCCUGCAGCCGCGCCCUGUUACAAAAAUUGGGGCGUGUAUGAUGAAGCACGUUGUACAGCAAUCACGGCCAACUUCUCGAAUCCUUACUUCCACGAAGCAGAUCCAACAUCCAACAUGUGGCCCAUCUACCAAGGACGCACUUGUCUCCCGCGCAACACUCCAAACGGGGCGUGCACCCUCGGAGGCUUUCCGACAUAUGUCGUGAAUAUAUCGACUGUCGAGCAAAUCCAACUCUCAUUGAAUUUCGCGAGGAACAAUAACAUCCGGCUCAUCGUCAAGAAUACGGGCCAUUGCUACCUGGGCAAGUCUCUCGGCGCAGGUGCGCUUAGCAUAUGGACCCAUCACUUGAAGGAUACGCAAUUCAUUGAGAAUUACCAGAGCGAUUCGGGCUAUGACGGGGUUGCCAUUAAAGUCGCCGCUGGUGUUACAGUGCGAGAGAUAUACAAGCUCGCGGAAGAGAACAACGCCACGGUCACAGGCGGUAUAUGCGAGAGCGUCGGCUUCGCCGGUGGCUACGUCACUGGAGGAGGCCACACGCCCAUGAGCGGUUACUACGGGAUGGCGGCCGAUAAUGUCGAAGCACUUCAAGUGGUGACGGCUGACGGGAGAUUUGUCACGGCGUCCAAUACGUCCCACCCGGACCUCUUCUGGGCGCUUCGCGGUGGUGGAGCAAGUACUUUUGGCGUCGUUACAUCCGUGAUAGUUCGUGCGCAUCCCAAGAUGCCCAUUGUCACUUCAACGUUCAACUACACGACUGGUGGCAACAUCACCAGAGAAGUCUUCUGGAACGGGACCCGCAAGUUCUUCGAGAUGUUCCCCACGCUCACAGACGCGCAUACAUACUCGUACUUCUGGAUCUCGCCACUGCCCGAUGACCAGGUCAGGUUCGAAAUGACCCCUUUCUGGGCUCCCAACCACACAAUUGCGUCCUUUGAAGCACUAAUCGAACCGUGGUUCUCCCAUCUACGAGCCCUCGGCAUCUUCUUCGAGCCCAAAACCAUGCUAUUCGACUCCUUCUAUCCCGCCUACCACUCCUCGUGGGGAAAUGAGACCGUAGGACAAGCCUCUCGUUUACCAGGAAACCGCAUCUUCCCUCGGGGGAACUGGGCGGAUCCUGCAAAAUUCGAGCGCAUGUUCGCGGCCAUCAAGAAUACCAGCAUGACUGGCAAAGUGGUGGGUGGAUAUCACCAGGAACCGGGCAACAGAUUGCAUGUGGAUAAUGCCGUCUCUUCCGCCUUCAGACACACGGUUUCGUUUCUGAUAAGCGGCGUCACGGUUGAAGGUGGAGAGGACGCCACGCAAGAUCAGAUGCAGAAAACUGCGGACGAGCUGAUCAAUGACGUGCUUGGGCCAUGGCGUGAAGUCGCCCCGGAAAGCGACUUUGGUGGUUCUUAUCUGAAUGAAGCCAAUGUGGCCGAGCCGCAUUGGCAGGAGAGUUUCUAUGGGGUGCAGUAUCCGAGGCUAUUGGAGUUGAAGCGGAAGUGGGAUCCUAAGGGCGUGUUUUAUGCGACUACAGCUGUGGGGAGUGACGAAUGGGAGGUGAGGGAUGGAGAGUGGGGGACGCAGACGCAGAAUGGGAGGUUAUGCCGUGUGUAGGUGUUCGCUGGAUAGUAAGAUCUUGAGGGGCAUAGUCAUGAGGGUUUUUCAUAUUCUACAUUGGUGGC